CUCUGCCAUUACUAGAAUUGAUACGGCAAAUUCAAAUAACAGGAGGAGGAGGAGGAGACGACGAAAAUGAGCAAUAAGGAAGAGAACAGCAGUGAGGAAUGGUCGACUGGCCUCUUCGACUGCGCCCAAGAUCGAUCCAAUUGUUGCCUCACAUGCUGGUGCCCCUGCAUCACUUUUGGACAGAUAGCGGAGAUUGUGGACGAGGGUUGUCCGCCAUGCGGUGUGAGCGGGAUCGUGUAUGGGCUGUUUUCUUUGACGGGGAUAGCGUGUUGCUGCUACGCUUGCAUGUAUCGAGGCAGGAUGCGGGCCAAAUUUAACUUGCCGGAGGAAAUCGCCGAGGUUAAACAUCGUACGAUUCAAGGCCCAAACGGUCAGUGGAAUUCUCAGAGCUCAUACGAGUGCAAUAGUGAUUGUAUGAUACAUUGUUGUUGCCAUCGAUGCGCGCUGUGCCAGGAAUACAGAGAACUCAAAUAUAGAGGAUAUGAUCCUGCUCUCGGUUGGAAGAAGAACCUGGAAAGACAACAGCGCGAGAUGGGGACGGCCAUGGAACCUCCUGUUAAUCCAACCAUGAUGAACUGUGAAGGGAAAUGUGAGCAAGAGGAAGAGAAGACGAAGAUGAGCGAUGGAGAAUGGUCGAGUGGCCUCUGCGACUGCAAGGAAGAUCGAUCGAAUUGUUGCGUCACAUGCUUCUUCCCCUGCAUCACUUUUGGGCAGAUAGCUGAGAUAGUGGAUGAGGGUUAUCCGCCAUGCUUUGUGAGCGGAGGGAUGUAUGGGCUGCUCUGUUUUACGGGAUUUGCGUAUUGCUAUGCGUGCAUGUACCGAACCAAAAUGCGGAGAAAAUUUAACAUGCCGGAUGAGAUCGAUGAAGUUAAACAUAAUUGUCUGAUUCAUUGGUGUUGCAAUCGAUGCGCGCUGUGCCAGGAAUACAGAGAACUCAAAGAUAGAGGAUUUGAUCCUGCUCUCGGUUGGAAGAAGAAUCUGCAAAAAGAAGAGCACGAAAUGGCACCUCCUGCCAAUCCAACCAUGGAAAGAUGA